CCGCCCAAAUCAAACAUGGCCGCCAUGUGGUUUCUUUUCGUCUCUAUGGUAACUACGUCUGCUCCCAGUGUGCAACGCGCUCCAGGAAGUGGCCGGUGUUGUCUAAACGCCGGAUCUCAGAAGCAGCUGGGCAGGAUGGAGGAAGAAGAGUUGGAGGUGGUGGAGGAGCUGGAGGCUGUUCUGCACCUGGCUCCGGAGGUGCAACAGGCUAUAGAGCAGGUUUUUCCAAGCCAGGAUCCUUUGGACCGUGCAGACUUUAAUGCUGUGGAAUAUAUUAAUACUCUUUUUCCAACUGAACAGUCCUUAUCGAACAUUGAUGAUGUUGUGAGCAAAAUUCGUUUGAAAAUAAGGCGUUUGGAUGACAACAUAAGAACUGUAGUUCGUGGCCAAACAAAUGUAGGCCAAGAUGGGAGACAGGCUUUGGAAGAGGCUCAGAAAGCCAUACAGCAACUCUUCGGCAAGAUCAAAGACAUCAAGGACAAAGCAGAAAAAUCUGAGCAAAUGGUGAAAGAAAUCACACGGGAUAUUAAGCAGUUGGAUCAUGCCAAGCGCCAUUUGACCACCUCAAUUACAACACUGAACCAUCUACACAUGCUUGCUGGAGGAGUUGACUCACUGGAAGCAAUGACUAGAAAACGUCAGUAUGGGGAAGUGGCCAACCUUCUACAAGGAGUGGUGAAUGUACUGGAGCAUUUUCAGAAGUACAUGGGCAUUCCACAGAUACGCCAGCUCUCAGAGAGGGUUAAAGCUGCUCAGACAGAAUUGGGUCAACAGAUAUUAGCUGAUUUUGAAGAAGCUUUUCCAUCACAGGGCUCUAAGAGACCAGGAGGACCCAGUAAUGUCCUGCGGGAUGCCUGUUUGGUAGCCAAUGUCCUGGAUGUCCGGAUAAAACAAGAGAUCAUCAAGAAAUUUAUCAGGCAGCAUCUGUCUGAAUACUCUGUGCUCUUCCAAGAAAAUCAAGAUGUUGCCUGGCUUGAUAAAAUUGAUAGACGGUAUGCAUGGAUUAAACGCCAACUGGUGGAUUACGAAGAAAAAUAUGGCUGCAUGUUUCCAGUUGACUGGUACAUGACUGAGCGCAUUGCUGUUGAGUUUUGCCAUAUAACCAGGAAUGACCUUUCAAAAAUCAUGAGGACAAGAGCUAAAGAGAUUGAGGUGAAACUUCUGCUCUUUGCUAUUCAGAGAACCACUAAUUUUGAGGGACUUCUAGCAAAACGUUUCUCUGGCUGCACUGUGACUGACAUUGUUUUGAAAAAGCCAGAGCCCCAACCCUCUGUUUCAACUAAUCCAUUCCUGGAUGAUGAUAACAUGGUGGAGGACUCUGCUUUGCAGAGUGAUUUUGAAAAACCAAAGAAACCCAAAGCACCGGAAAAUCCAUUCCAUGGCAUCAUUUCAAAGUGUUUUGAGCCUCAUCUGUACGUGUACAUAGAAUCACAGGACAAGAACCUUGGAGAAUUAAUUGAUCGUUUUGUAGGAGAUUUUAAGGCCCAGGGUCCACCAAAAUCAACUUCAGAGGAUGCAGGGGCUGUUCUUCCAAGUUGUGCUGACCUGUUUGUUUACUACAAAAAGUGCAUGGUGCAGUGUUCCCAACUGAGCACUGGGGAACCAAUGAUUGCCCUUACCUCUAUAUUCCAGAAGUACCUGCGGGAAUACGCUUUGAAAAUUCUGUCUGGUAAUCUGCCCAAAACCAGUAGCAGCAGCACUGGAUUGACAAUUACCAGUCUCCUGAAGGAAAAGGAAGGCUCUGAAGUGGCAAAAUUCACCACAGAGGAACUGUGUCUGAUCUGCAGUAUUCUGAGUACUGCAGAGUACUGCCUAGCAACAACGCAACAACUUGAAGAGAAGCUGAAAGAAAAAGUAGACAUGACACUGAUAGAAAGAAUACAUCUUACUGGAGAGAUGGACACUUUUAGCACAGUGAUUUCCAACAGUAUUCAACUUCUUGUGCAAGAUCUAGACUCUGCCUGUGAUCCUGCACUUAGUGCCAUGAGUAAGAUGCAGUGGCAAAAUGUGGAACAUGUUGGGGAUCAAAGCCCAUAUGUUACAUCAAUUAUUCUACAUGUCAAGCAGAACGUCCCCAUUAUUCGAGAUAACUUGGCAUCAACCAGAAAGUACUUCACUCAGUUUUGUAUCAAGUUUGCGAACUCCUUCAUUCCAAAAUUUAUAAACCACCUCUUUAAAUGCAAACCGAUUAGUAUGGUGGGAGCUGAGCAGCUUCUCCUUGAUACUCACUCUCUGAAAACGGUCCUCCUCGAUCUGCCAUCCAUCGGUUCUCAAGUAGUACGGAAAGCUCCUGCAAGUUACACAAAGAUUGUGGUAAAGGGCAUGACCCGAGCUGAGAUGAUCCUGAAGGUAGUGAUGGCGCCUCAUGAACCUUCUGUUGUGUUUGUGGAUAAUUACAUCAAACUGCUGGCUGAUUGUAACACAGAGACUUUUCAGAAGAUACUGGAAAUGAAGGGAUUGAAAAGAAGUGAACAGAGCAGCAUGCUGGAACUGUUUCGACAAAGGCUUCCAACUCCUCCUUCCGGUGCUGAUAGCAGUUCAGCGACUCUGCAGACCCCAACCCCUGAACAGGAGUCCUCACGAAUACGGAAACUGGAAAAACUCAUCAAGAAACGUCUAUAAACCAACUACAGAGCCCUGUGCACUUCACACUGGUGUGGUAGCAGUGUUAAUAGCAAGUUUGUUGUAACGCUUUAACAGCCAUCCUGUUUUGUUGUCAUCUCCUUUAAUCAAUAAUUUGAAGUGUCAACUCUGCAGGAAGUGAGCCAGUGAGAGCACAUUGGUCUGACUGAAUGGUAUGAGUGUGUCUCUGUCUAGACAGAACAUAUCUUGAUCAGCCAUUCCCUCAAGCAUGUUAAAAGCACUGUGAGGGAGUAUUGUGGUCACGCAGAAUGAUUCCUUCUAAUUUUACUAUUUAGUUUUUCCUGGGGCUUGUAUGUAGGCACAAAGCCGCGAGUCCUGUCUUUUUAGGCAGACACUUCUGUUCCAGCUGUGUUUAACCACUAAAACACGUUACAGGUUCUAGCAUGAGCAAACUUUUGCUUUGUUUUCUGUAUCUAUUACACUAUAGCGAUUGCCACAACAUACAAUUCUGAUGUGAGUCAGGGAAAAUCAUAUUGAAAGUUAAAAGUUUUACACUAGACAAAUAGUUGGAGCUUGCUUAGAGUAACAUAAGAGCUAAUUUGGGAUUUUGGUCACCUUGUUCAAACUGACCGUAAAGUAUGUGCUGGUUUCCUGAGGAGUCCAAGGGGUAUAUUCAAUUGAAGUCAAAAGCUGCUGUCUGUCGAAUAGACGGCAGUUUUCGAUGAAUUCGACUUGUCGAAAAGCACGUGGAUCGGCGAAAUAGCUGCCGAUCCGCGUGCUUGUGUCGAAAUCGUUUUUGGCCCCCUUUCCGACCAUCUCCGUUUGAAUGUGAUGGGGACAGCAACGCCGGAGACGGGGAGAGCCGAGGCGGGGAUGGGGUGAGCAGCGCUGGAGGAUGUCACAGCCGCCGCUCACAGCAGCGUCCACCCAGCUCCUGCAAGCGAGUCCUCGCUUGCUGGAGCCAGGUGGACGCGGCGGCUGUGAUGCAGGGAGGGACGGGGAGAGGCAGAGAGUUUGGAGGGGGAGACGGGGGAGAGCAGCGCUACAGCAGUGGCUGCUCUCCCCCGUCUGCCCGCGGCUCUCCCCCGUCUCCCCUCCCGCAUCUCAAUUCGACUUUUUUAAAAGUCGAAUUGAGAUGUCAUUGAAUAGCCCAGGUCGGAUCCAUUCCGACAAAUUAAUGUCAGAAUGGAUCCGGCUUCAAUUGAAUAUACCCCCAAGUGAGCACUGGAAGCUUUAUAUAGAUAAGAGGGAUUGAUCUUCCUUACACAGACACACACAUUUAUAGUCAUUCUAGAGCUUGGCAGGGGAAAAAAUAUGAUGUGAAUACUGGCAUAAAUAGAUUUUGUUUUCAUAAUCCAUAACGCCACUGUCGUGUCAUUUUUUUACAUAGAAGCAAACAACUAAACACUCCAAAAGAAAUGUAAAUCUUUGUUUUUUCCAUUCUGUAACUUAUAUUUUUUUUAAUUCCCUUACAUUUUUAUAUUUCUAUGUCAUAUCCUCUGAGUGAUAUUAAGAUGCUGUGCAAAUCCUUUUCACUGCAUUUUUGCUAGAAAAUUAAGAAUUCAUGUUAUUUCUAACCUAUUCUAUCUACUUAUUAAGUGGAUAUUUAAAGUGACACGGAUUAACAGUCUGGUCUCAUAUAUUCACUUAGUUUUAAGUGCAGUAUAGAAAAGCAUUUUUUAUUUUUUUUUAUAUUGCAAGAGUAAACGUGUCCUUAAGGAAUUCAGCAAUUGCAUAUUGCUACUGGAACACUGCAUACUGUAUUUGUACCAAAGUAUACUGCAAUACAUUAUAUGGUAUACGUUUAAUUUGCCGGCGGUCAGGAUACCGACACUGGAAUCCCAACCGCUGGCAAUGCUGGCAGCCACAAUACUGGCGCAACAGGAAUAUUCCCACUCGUAGGUGUCAACGACACCCACGAGCGGGAAUGGAACAUGUAGCCUGAGCCCAUAGCAUGGCAAGUGCAACGAGCUUGCAAGGGGGCUCUUUGCGCUCACCCCGCUGCUGGCAUACUGGCGGCCAGGAUGCCGCUGUCGGUAUAUUGACGGACGGCAUCCCAGCCGCCGGUAAAUCAUACUGAACCCCAUUAUAUUAUACUGUAUUGUUACCAACCUUACAUACGUUGCUAGUUAGUCUUAACGGUUAUGAUGAGUGAUCCGCACAAUACUUAUUUUUGUUCAUUUAAAAUGAAUUUAUUUGUUAAACUAAUAUAGCUGUUGGAGAUAUUCCUCAUGCAUACAUUUUUAUUUUGUUUUUCUCUCAGCUUUUCUGAAUGUCUGAUUUGAAGGCGUAGUGCAUUACUGUCUUAGUCAUCAGUUGAUCAUAAAUAUUGUAUUGUCUUCGUCCUUUAAUUUUUACUAGCAAGUUGUCACUGCAUUUAACUUUGAUCGGGUCAUGGGUGUUUUUUUUUUGUUUUUUUUCAUUGAAUUUUUAUUGUAUUUAAUAGAAAUCAAUAGAAUUACCACUGUCUGUUUCAAGGAGAGCUGAUAGGGUACAGAGCACCAGCGACAAUAUUUCAAUCUCUUGAUACCCUUACAGAUAAAUAGCAUAUUAAUUACUUUAUUUAUAGAAAUGUCACUGCCCUAUGAGUACUACAAUGAAUUACUAUAUGCUACAGGUGAUGCAGACCUUUAAAUUGAUACUUCAGGUGUAUAUUUUAUUUUGCAGGGAGCUAGAAAUUGAAAUGGAAAUGCAUAUGCUAUUCAGUAAUUAUUAGGAUGUUUAAUAACUAUUUAAUGGGAUGUAUUCUGCAACUAAUGUAUUUUUCCAAUGUGACAGGCUGGCUAAAAGCAUAGAUUAUGUAAAUGUCCAAGAUACUAUAGUGACUGUAUUUAUUUCAUUAAAAUGUUUGUUUUUGUUUUUCUUACGUUACAAAUUUUGGGUUAUAAAACGGUGUUGGAAUAUGAUUGACUAUUUUCUUGGUUUAUUAAAUUGUCUCUUCACAAGGAUUCUAAAAUACAGGCGUGUAACAUAGUGUAUGUUUAAUAAAGUUUAAGCUCUCCUUUGACUGCUGCAAAAAUUAUAAUUAUGUGAACAAAACUGUAUAGUAUGUAGUUCACUUUCAUAUCAAGAAAAAAUGGAAAUUGAUACUAUGUGGUGUCAGCUAUAUAUGUGCACCAAACACUAAUCAAUAUUCUGUCAACAAUUAUUUAAUUGCUUCUUUUUUUUUUUUUUUUAAGUACUUUAGAUACUUCUGUAUUCAUUGAUUAAUUAUGUCAUCUGGAAUGUAAAAGUUUAUAGCAAGUGCUUUGCCUUUAUGCAUCAAGAAGUUGUGUGAAACAGGUUUAUCUAAUAAAGGUUCCUUUAAAAACA